UAAAUCACAAGCGGAAGUAAAGCUAUCGGAGCACAGACAGUAUCUCGGUGAGGUGGAAGGGCUAACGUCAACUGAGAUGGGAGAAAUGUCGUUGUAUUUAACGAAUGUCAAUGUUUCACUGGGGCAAACCAUGGAAACUGAUAAGGAUCCAGCAGGAGCGACAGACUUCGACACGGUGGAGAUGGGAGACUCCGCUGGGAGGGUGAAGGUUCCACGCAGGACCAUCUUCUUCGCCAGUGGGGAGACCAUGGAGGAGUUCAGCACCGAUGAGGAGGACACGGAGGAGCCUGUGAACAGAGAAGUCAUUGCUGUUGAUGCCUCCAAACUGACGUGGGCUCCGUACUUCUGGUUCCACCUGUGGAGAAUGGGCACCUCCACCAUCUCAGUGUGUGACUACAUGGGAGAGAGACUGGCCUCUCUGUUCGGCAUCACCUCUCCUAAAUACCAAUAUGCAAUUGAUGAGUACUACCGUAUAAAGAAAGAGGAGGAGGAGGAAGAGGAGGAGGACCGCUUGGCUGAGACGGCGGAGCGUCGUUUCGCCGAGCAGCAAAGAGGCGAGCAGGGGGAUCCUCAUCCCGCCACCGUGGAGCAGCCAGAAGCAUCCAAAGCCUCCUUUGUAAACAUCAGCUUUGAUCUGGACCCUGAACCUCCUCUGAACACCACAGACACCAACAGAGUGCCCUCCCCCCUCCCCUCCUGAAAACAACAUCCACACAUUUCUUUCAGUGGGGAAACCUUCAUUUAAGUAGCAUUAUACUGUAGAUUAACAGUGCGGUUAUGGUUGUGUUUUCUAUUUUAUAAAAAGAAAUCUUCGUACACAGUGCAGGGGAAAUGAAAAGGGCUGUGGAAGUAACUGCACUAGCCUUAUGUGUGAAUGUGUUAGUGUGAAUAAGUAGCAUCAGACAUUUCCCAAGUUGAGACAGUUUUGCAAAGCCGCGGUCGGACUCCGGUACUGCCACACCGUUUGUCCCCUCGGCCUUUCUCCUCUUCCUCAGCUACUUGUCUCUGGCAGCAUUGUGUACACCUGGCAUGUGCAUUAUUAAAGUGUAAGUGGGGUGGCUAGUCUUUUAGUUCCAAGCGAUACAGAUAAACAGGGAAUGAUGACACACACAGUAAGACCCUGCUGCUUCAGCCUUUUGAUUGUCACAAGUACUUCCUCGAUGCGACUGUGCCUUUCUGCUCUUUGGUUCCUCUAACACGCUGACUUAUUAACUCACAGGCCUGUUACUCCAAGAGCUCAAAUCCAAGGUGUGAUGCUUGUUUUUGUGGAUUAAUUAGUAACAUUGGUUUCCUCCAGCGCAGAAGAUCUGACUGCAAAAAGGGUGCCAUUUUAUUUGAAUGUUUAAAUAUUUUGUCAGCUCUGCUGGUAAGCACUCUAGAUACUAAAUGUGUUUGUGGUGAUGCUUAAAUACGGCAUGGAAAGAGAAUGUGUUGAUGUGUACCUUUAUGAGUACACACGUGUUCUUUAAGUGUCCUUCUAUAAGCCUUUUAUGAGCAUUGAGCUGAAGCUGAGUUUAAGGAGGAGUAAGCUUCUUAAUAUUUAUUUAUAUCCACCGACGCGGCUGUGUGGCCUCAGAGCAGCAGCAUUCCUCUUUUCAAAAUUAUCCUGCUCAAGUUUUGUUUUUUCUUUUAACAGGCUUCUUAAGAACAUUUUGUGUGUGAAUGUCUUUAACUAGUCAAUGAAGGACAGUCAUUGUCAUUUUGUAUCUGUAAAAGGGCUGACUUUAACCAAACGUCAAUGAAUAUGUACAUGCUUAUGUCCUCUCUGUUAAUAAAACAUUCACAUGGUGAGUUUUUUAUUACAUGA